CCUCUGUAGAGCAGACAUGUCAGAGCCGAUGGGAGGUGUCAGAGGGAGAAAAGUAUGGCCACCCUUGGAAGCUGAUUGGACGGAUGGGGGGAAACAGAUGAUUGCGGCUGGUGAAGUGCGUCGAAAUUCCGCCGACAUCUAGUGUAGGCUAUAUCUGUGCAGAGAAAAGGUCUAGGUGAAUAACAGCGUGGAAGGCGGUCCAGCAGCGGAAGGGACGAAAUUUACGCCUCGGAGGUCUUCGGUUAUGGCCACUGCCUGCUCAGAAUCCAGUUAGGGCUGUAGUUAACCGCAUUUAGGCCCUUCGCUCCCCGUCGUCUCGCGGUUGCGAUUACCGAAUUUCACCAGCUCGCUGGCUGACGUCUCUCCGUCGUCUCGCCGUGUUGAACGGGACUCGCCUGCGGACUGGACUCGACUGGCGGUGGCUAGCGCAGACUAUCGAGGUAGUACGGUACUACUACGAGUAGCAGGAGCCUAAGCUGGUAGUAGUUAAUCGCCGUCCAUUGUAGCAAGCGCCGUCGAUGGCCACCUAUUAGAACACACGUUCGCAUCGCCGGCUGACCGCAGUAGUAGGCACAUCAGCUUCCGUCUACCGCCGCGGCCAGGAUCAACUUCUACCUACGCCGCCGCUGCCGUCGUCUACGCAAGUUCCGCAGUAUGACCGCAUCCGAUGCGUGGCAUACACGCGAUGUCACGCACCCGACCAUGUCGUUCACACACGCUGCCACGCCCCUACUAGGCAAGCGGAAGCCUCAGAGCAGUCAUCCCGAGCGGCACCGCCUGCUGCUGUGGCUGCUGGCACCGCUGCUCGUCGUCGCAGCGACGGUCGCCGGGCUGUCGCACUGGAGCUGCUCGUGCGACAGGAGCGACCUCACGGUGCUCAACGGCCGCGCGCUGCUCAAAGCGUCGCAGAAGAUCGCAGAGCUCUGGAAGGCGAGCGGCGAGAAGGGCGACCUGAGCGGGUAUCUGGCAGUGGGUAGUAGCGAGGACGCGUAUGUCGGGGACGGAGUUGGGUCGGGCGAGGUGGAUCCGUGGCGGUGCGAGGACGGCGGCGGGGGGUGGGGCGAUUGCGGUGGUGCGGCUGCUGUGAUGCUCGCUGAGGGCUCCCUGUCCGCGCGCGUGCGCGCGGUGUGUGCGGCGUACGCAGUGACGGCUCUCACCAGCAUGCCCAUCCUCUCCCUCUGGCCCUCCGACCGCCACAUGCCCUCCACGCGCUUCUCGCACCUCUUCUCCGCGUCGUCCCCUCCCACCAACGCCAGCAGCAGCACCAGCAGCAGCAGCAGCAGCAGCAGGGGGACGCGGACGGGCGGGGAUGAGAGGGUGCGGCGGCAGCUCGCCUCGGGGCUAUCUCGGAAGGUGCUGCUGAGGCCGUGCGCGGCGUCCAAGGCAACCACGCAGGAGCUCCUCCCCUACGACCUCUUCCUCGCGCCCCACCGUGCUGCUGCCGCCGCUGCUGCUGAAGCAGCAGCAGCAGCGGGGGAGGGCGCGAGCGCGUUGCUACGGGGGCCUUCAGGGGCGGGGUCGGUGGCGGCAGUGGUGGUGGAUGCGUGUGCGUUUGAGCGCCGGGUGGACGAGUGCCUUGGGCUGCUGGAGCCGUCUCCGUUUGUAGCAUCGCUCGUUCUCAAAGAGGAUGUGCACACCAUCGCCAACUCUACCGCCUUCUAUGUUGAUCCCCUCGGCCCCUCAGGUUGCUCUGGCUGCUACAUAGAGUCGGAAUUCUCCCCCCCUCUAUGCGCCAUGCGCCGCAUUGCCAUGGCCUACCUGGCGGACCGCUCGGUGUCCUUCACCCUUGCCGCCCGCAACCCUGCGCACGUGCCCCAAGUCACCAAGUACUUUGACCCCCUCCGGUCGCCCGUUGUGCUCAAGGCCACCCAAUCACGCGUCGCCACGUGUCAGCUUGAAGAGGAGGUGGAGAGGAGGGACGGAGAAGGAAGGAUGGCAAGGAGAGUGAUGAGAGUCGUUCGGAAAUUGGACGUGCCAGAUGAGGUUCUCAUGCGGUGCCAUCAGCUGCAGGCGUCGGAGCUCUUCUCUCUGAGCCUCGCGGGCGGGGUGAUGGCGGUCAACAGCAGCGCCCUCGAGCCGCGCUUCAUUGCCGCCCAGGCGGCCGCCAGGCGGUCGCCGCGGUUCCGCGUGCAUGAGUCGGUGUGCGAGCGGCGUGAGAUCCGGCCGUUCACCAAGCAGAAGUGGAGCAUGUUCACCAUGGUGGAAGAGAAGCUAAAGCUAUUCAUCUGCACGGUCCCCAAGGUGGCGGCCAACUCGUGGCUCAUGUGGCUGCGGGCCAUGCUGGGGCAGCCGCACCCGGAGGACCCGCUGCUGGCGCUGGACGACGACCGCGCGGGCUGGCACAUGCUGCACGUGCAUUUCACCGAGCAGAGAGCGGUGCAGCUGAUGACCCGCCCUGACUUCUUCCGCUUCACCUUUGUGCGCAACCCCUUCUCACGAGUGCUCUCCGCGUACAACAACAAGCUGGUCGUCACCGACGCGCCCGGCAACAAGACCGGCCCGGGCUCGCGCGAGUACUGGAACAAUGCGUUUUUCCGGCUGAUUCGGCCGCAGUGGGAGGCGUUGAAGGGCGUGGACGACCUGGUGUCAUUCCGGGACUUUGUGAAGCUGGUGGGCAUGGUGUUCAGGGAGCGGCGGUGGAACAUGGACCGCCACAUUGCGCUACAGAGGGACGUGUGUGCGCUGGGACUGAUCAAGUACGACUUUGUGGGGCGGUUUGAGAAUCUGGAGGAGGACGCCAAGCAUGUGGUGAACCGAUUCGGAGGCAAGCAUUUCGACAUCUUCAGCUUGGGGCUCAACGCGCACCAGACCAAGUCUGACAAGAAGCUCGUCGAGACGUAUGACAAGCAAACAUACGAGAUGGUGAAGAAGAUUUACGCACUGGACCUAGAAGUCCCCUUCAACAACAUUUCCUACACGGCGCCCAAGCCUCUGUAUGACCGGUUCGAGUCAAAUGAAGUCUGAACCACAACCAACCAAGCAUCUAACAAUACGGUGAUGCAGGGGGUGCCAACUGCUCAAUGCAGCGGCCUUGGCACAGGCAGUGACCUCUCACCAUCAGCACUUCAGCUUAGAUUACGGUAGUGGAAUGGAUUGAAUUAGUAACCAAAUGAGCAUGGCCAAAUGAGCCGUGUGUUAGAAUGCUAGAAUGACUAGAAUGAGAGAGUGCAAGGGAAUAUAGGCUAGUGUGUUGUACCCUUUUAAGGCACAAACCUAUAUAGCCUAUAAUAACAUAGUACUAAGUUA